AUGUCGAAGGAUUUAAUCAAAAAGAAAGAUGAUCCUGGGUCAUUCAACAUACCGUGCACCAUAGGCUUGUUCAAGUUCGCAAAAACCUUAUGCGAUUUGGGAGCAAGUAUAAAUCUAAUGUCGUAUGUUAUUUAUAAAGAACUCGGGUUGGGUGAACCGCAGGCUACAACUAUGAGACUCCUGAUGGCUGACAGAUCGAUCAAACAUCCAGUGGGGAUACUUUACAACAUUCUGGUUAAGGUUGACAGAUUCAUUUUUCUAGCCGAUUUUGUCUUACUCGACAGUGACAUAGAAGCCAAAAUUCCCAUAAUCUUGGGAAGACCAUUAAUGGCAACUGGGAGAGCACUGGUGGAUGUCGAGAGUGGGGAAUUGAAAUUUUGGGUCAAUGAUGACGAAGUCACCUUUGACGUGUGCAAAUAA